AUGGAGAACCGCCGCCAAAAGUCGAGCUCCGGCGAGCUGUUCUCCUUCCCUACCACCCCAACUAACCACGGCCAAGAUUCUACCUUUGAAUUUGGUUGCUUUACUCCCGAGUCUCCCUCUCAAGACCCUUCAAGAAACUCUCCUGCAGAUCAUCUUUUCUCCAACGGCCGCCUUUUGCCUCACUCUUUUCCAUCUGAUCAUCGACCCUCUUCUGAUAUCAUUAACACUAGCAUGUCCCGUGCCACCAGUCGCACGAGCAGUGUCAGUGCCAAAGAUUCACUCAUCUCUUCGAGAAGUAAUAGCACUAACAGCAGGAGCAGUAGCUGCAGCAGCGCCAAAACGUGCUCCAGCGACAAUUUGGAAAGGAGAUUGGUGUAUUACAAUAACAAAAACACUGCACACAAAGCGACGAAAGCAAGUAGAAUCGUCACUGCUCAGUUGUACGGGUCUUCGCAGAAGUGGCAGCAUCUCACACCGGCGCUGAAACGCGAGACUUCGCAGAGGAAAAAGGCCGGCGGGGUUGUGUUGAAAGAUGCGUUAAGAUCGUCAUCUUCACCAUCGUUAAAGAAAUCGGCUUCGCAAGGAAAUGAAAGGAGGAGGGGUAGCCGUGACAAGGCGGAGGUGCAGGGGCUCUGCAAGAGAGUUUUCAUGUCGUUUUGGAAUGCCUGCAGAGAGUGUCAUGCCUUGGAACCAUCCACACUUUGCAAGGAAGACAUAAAAAAAUUAUAA